AUGUUUGUCCUCAGAAACGUUGGCAAACUCAUCUUUGGAUCUAGCAACCAAGAAUCUCUCAUCGAGCUCCCCCAAGGACAACUCUACCUUGUUCGACCUCUCUCGCCGAAGGGCUACUCCGAACUCAUCUUCAAGGACGCCGCCGCCCGCAUCCGACGAACGGCGCAGGAUUUCCAAUACCAGCUCGUGGUCCAGAGAGUUUACGAGGAAGGUGAGGCCGAGCUUCUAGCUGAGGAGGAAGGAGAGGACGCCGAGAUCGACGCGCUUGCUGCUGCCGAAAGAGACGAGAAGACCUUCUUGCUCGACGAGGCUCUUCACUUCCGCAUCGAGAUCCGGGAAGGCAAGGAGAAGAUUUUGGCCUGGAGAGACCUGAGUGGUGAUACCGGUGACGUCUACGAGUUCGUUUGCGACAACGUUGUGUCUCCCGGUCAAGUUGCGCAAUUCGAGCGUGUCGCCAAGGAGUGCCAAUACGAGCGCAAGUACCGCAAGCCGCACACAACUGCAUCCGAAGUCGAUCUCAAGCAGUUCGAAUUCGAAGACGAGCAGCCUAUUCCUCCCGCGAGUCCCAUCCACAGCCCUACUCUUGUCAGAUCGAUCGAAUCUGCCGACAGCCUGUUUGUGCCGCAAGAUCCAAUCGGUACACCUACAAAGAAGGAAGAGCAAUCACUUGUCCAGACCCCUACGAAGACACCUGCCAAGAUGCCUGUCACACCGGAGAAGAAGUCCAAGCCGACCGGCCCCCCGAAGUCAGUCGAGGCUCCAAAGGCUCUCGAUACUUACGCUGCAGAGAGCUGUGAGCUUCACUUCUACGACCACCCCUCCGGCUCUUUCAUCCAGCAAGCUGCCGCUGUCACCGCAACCGUCACCGAGGUUGGAAAGUGGGAGUACUGGCUGCAAAUUGAAAGCGAGGACCGAGCCUUCUUAGGCAUCCCGAUUAUCGCCGACAUCAACCCCGUCUUCAACUUCGAGUUCUUGUCUUUCAUCUUCAACCAUUUCGCAGCUGAUGGAUCGGCAUACUCCUGGCUACUUCGUUUCAAAGACCAGCCGACCUUGGAACGCUUCCAAGAAGCUCUUCUUCGCGCUUUGUGGGAGCAGCUGAACGAGGUCAAGUGGGAGAAGAAGACGGACAGAGAGCAGGAGUACAUCACGUCCGCCUUUAAUGAUUUGGUUAUGGAAGAUACCCCUGAAGAGCAGGAGGAAGAGGAAGAGGAAGAGGAGUACGAAGAUGCAGAGGACGAUGCGCAGCGUAGCGAGCAUUACGACAGCGACGAAGAGGAUGACGACGUCGAGACCAAGGAAGAGGAUGGCAACGUCAACUCCCAGCUUGCCGUUGGUUACAAGCAUGACCGUUCCUUCGUUGUUCGCGGAUCCAAGAUUGGCGUCUUCAAGCACACGCCGAACAACAACCUUGAGUUCUCCACCAACAUUUCCAAGGUCGAGACUCCCAAGGGCACACUGUUCAGCCCCAAGAAGGUCAUGCUUCAUAACGAGGAUCGCAACAUGAUUCUCCAAAAUGAGUCGGAUCCCAACAAGCUGUACCGUAUGGAUCUUGAGUACGGCAAGGUUGUCGACGAGUGGAACGUUCACGAGGACAUUCCCGUUCUCAACUUUGCACCCGAGAACAAGUUCGCUCAGAUGACCCAUGAGCCGACUUUCCUUGGUAUCUCAAAGAACGCCCUCUACCGUGUCGACCCCCGUUUGUCCGGCACCAAGCUGGUUGAUUCUCAACUGAAGCAGUACGUUUCCAAGAAUGACUUCUCGGCUAUCUCCACUACGGAGAAGGGAUACAUCGCCGUCGCUUCCAACAAGGGUGAUGUCCGCCUCUUCGACCGUCUCGGAAUCAACGCCAAGACGCACAUUCCCGCUCUCGGUGAAGCCAUCCUCGGUCUUGACACCUCUGCUGAUGGUCGCUGGGUCCUCGCUACCUGCCGAACAUACAUCCUGCUCAUUGACGCGAUGCAAAAGUCUGGCAAGAACGAGGGCAAGCUUGGUUUCGAGAAGUCGUUCGCUGCCUCCGACAAGCCUCAGCCCCGCCGUCUGGCCCUGACGCCCGAGCACGUUGCCCAGUUUGCCCACGAGACCGGCAAGCCCGUCUCAUUCACACCGGCGCGCUUCAACGCUGGCGAGGGCGCGGAAGAGACGAGCAUCAUCACCGCUACCGGCCCGUACAUUGUCGAGUGGAGCUUGAAGAAGGUCCUCCGCGGAGCAAAGGCCGCCUACCGCAUCAAGCGCUACGUCGAGGAGGUCAAGGCCGACGACUUCAAGUUCGGAACGGACAAGAACGUCAUCGUCGCCUUGCCAAACGAGGUCAACAUGGUCGGCAAGCAGGGUCUCAAGCGCCCUACCCGCGAGAGCAUCGCCGGCAACUUUGCCCAGCUCAGCAUGGGCCGUAGAGACUCGGGACGGAUCACGACGCCCAAGAGCGGCCGAUACAAGCUGGGCAAGGAGGACAUUGUCGCGUCGCCGUACUGA